GAAAAGACGUACAGCAAGCUGUGACAAAAGAAACAUCGCGUUUUCCAAUGUGCUGCUGCGAAAACAAUAAAGUGUUAAUUUUUCGCGAAAAUCCCCCCAUUUCUGGCAUUUCAAACGAUUUUUUCCAGGGCUAGAACUGACGUGAGCUGAAGCACCUCACCUCGACAGUGGCGAGCAAGAGGAAUAUCGGAGUUCGAGACAAGAUCGCAAAUCACUAUCACUAACUAUUGGCGAUGAGUGUUGACACCUACGAUGGUGCGGUUGGUUCCCAAACGUUAACGUUCCUGGACACCGAAGAAAAUGACUUGAUCGGAGCAGACACCCAGGGAACGGAUUUCGAUUUUCGUGACUUUACCAUUCCGUCCCAGAGCCAGACGUUAGCGUCCCAGUUAGAACAUCUUGCAGGUGGAUCCGGGAGUCAGCUCAACGGAUUUGGGCGUCGACUGGGCUCGGAUGCGUCGAAGGUUGCCGGUAUUACAAGCGCCAUCGGUGAACUCCAGUUCGAGGAAGACGAGGAUGAUGCGGUUGUGAAAAGUCAGGAACUUCCCCCGCACGCAUGUCGCUAUUGUGGCAUUCACGAACCAAGCACAGUUGUGAUGUGCAACAUCUGCAAGAAGUGGUUUUGCAAUGGUCGCGGGAGCACUUCCGGGUCCCACAUCGUAAACCAUCUGGUCCGAGCGAAACAUCGUGAAGUUACGCUGCACGGUGAUGGGCCACUCGGAGAGACCGUGCUGGAGUGCUACUCGUGCGGUGUACGGAAUGUUUUCGUUUUGGGUUUCAUCCCUGCCAAAGCCGACUCGGUUGUUGUGCUGCUGUGCAGACAACCAUGUGCAGCUCAAAACUCCAUUAAAGACAUGAACUGGGACCAAGAACAAUGGAAACCUCUCAUAGCCGACCGAUGUUUCUUGUUCUGGCUCGUGAAGGUUCCCACCGAGCAAGAGCAACUGCGAGCCCGCCAGGUUUCAGCAGCGCAGAUUAACAAGCUAGAAGAGUUAUGGAAGGAAAACGUGGAUGCAACAUUCCAAGAUCUGGAGAAACCCGGUAUCGAUAAGGAACCGUCGCCGGUGCAGUUUCGUUAUGUUGAUGGCUACCAAUAUCAGAAUAUUUUCGGUCCUCUGGUAAAGCUCGAAGCAGAUUAUGACAAGCGUCUGAAGGAAAGCCAGACACAAGAGAAUAUUGAAAUUCGAUGGGACACCGGAUUAAACAAGAAAACGAUUGCCUACUUUACACUGGCGAAGAACGAUGGCGACAUGAAACUGAUGCAUGGUGAUGAGUUAAGAUUGAGAUAUACAGGCGAACUGCACAAACCUUGGAGCUGUGUAGGCCAUGUGAUUAAAGUUCCCGAUAAUUACGGAGAAGAUGUUGGACUUGAAUUGAAACAUAAUCAUCAGGCACCAAUCGAGUGCACUUCACAUUUUGCGGUAGAUUUUAUCUGGAAAGGUACUUCUUUCGAUCGCAUGCAGAUGGCGUUAAGAAAGUUUGCAGUGGAUGAUAACAGCGUUUCUAACUAUAUCUACUCGCGGCUGUUGGGACACGGUCGUCAAGAUGGUUCCGAUGAUGUUACAUUCCGUAUCAACAAUUUGCCCAAGCACUUCAGUGCUCCGAAUUUGCCUGACUUGAACCGUUCCCAGGUGUAUGCCGUGAAGCACGCCUUGCAACGUCCUCUCAGCUUGAUACAAGGGCCGCCCGGAACUGGUAAAACCGUUACAUCAGCUACCAUCGUCUAUCAGCUGGUGCGUCUGAAUGGUGGACCGAUCCUCGUAUGUGCACCAAGUAAUACCGCCGUUGAUCAGUUGACAGAGAAAAUUCAUCGUACCAAUUUGAAAGUGGUUCGCGUUUGUGCUAAGUCUCGCGAAGCUAUCGAUUCCCCGGUUAGUUUUCUGGCUCUGCACAAUCAAAUUCGUAACAUGGAACAAAAUACGGACUUAAAGAAACUGCAACAACUGAAGGACGAAACCGGCGAGUUAAGUUCGUCAGACGAGAAACGCUAUCGCAUGCUAAAGAAACAAGCUGAGCGCGAGUUGCUGGAAGCGGCUGACGUUAUCUGUUGUACAUGCGUUGGAGCUGGUGAUCCGAGACUACAACGCAUUAAGUUCAGCUCAAUCUUAAUUGACGAAUCAAUGCAAUCAACGGAACCUGAGUGCAUGGUCCCUGUAGUGCUAGGAGCCAAACAAUUGAUUCUUGUUGGAGAUCAUUGCCAGCUAGGACCGGUUGUGAUGUGUAAAAAGGCAGCUAAGGCAGGGCUUUCGCAAAGUUUAUUCGAGCGUCUUGUCGUGCUAGGCAUUCGUCCGUUCCGUUUGGAAGUACAAUACCGCAUGCAUCCCGAGCUGUCCCAGUUUCCAUCAAAUUUCUUUUACGAAGGCAGCCUGCAAAAUGGGGUCUGUGCAGAGGAACGAAAGUUAAAAGUUGAUUUUCCAUGGCCGUCACCGGACACCCCAAUGUUCUUUUUAGUGACUCAAGGCCAGGAGGAAAUCGCUGGUUCAGGAACAUCCUAUUUAAAUCGCACGGAAGCCUCAAACGUAGAAAAAAUUACCACCCGUUUCUUGAAGGCUGGCGUCAAGCCGGAACAGAUCGGCAUCAUUACACCUUACGAAGGUCAGCGUGCCUAUUUGGUACAAUACAUGCAGUAUCAAGGGUCGUUGCAUUCCAAGUUAUACCAGGAGAUCGAAAUCGCCAGUGUGGAUGCUUUUCAGGGUAGAGAGAAAGAUAUCAUCAUCAUGUCCUGCGUUCGUUCCAAUGAGCACCAGGGAAUCGGCUUCCUCAACGAUCCAAGAAGAUUGAAUGUGGCUUUAACUCGAGCCAAAUAUGGCAUAAUCAUCGUCGGAAAUCCAAAAGUUUUGUCCAAGCAGCAGUUGUGGAAUCAUUUGUUGAACUUCUACAAAGACAAAAAAGUACUGGUGGAAGGGUCUUUGAACAACUUGAAGGAGUCAAUGAUUCAAUUCACGAAACCGAAAAAGAUUGUCAACACAUUGAACCCUGGUUCACACUUUAUGAAUACUAUUAUGUAUGAUGCUAAGGAAGCGGGUUACUUUGAAAGAAAUCAUCACGGCGCAGGCUUCUCCGGAAGUUCAUUCGGUAAUCCAGGUCCUGUCGGAAGCAUGAUGAACGGACCGAGAAAUCCGCCAUUGGACAUGUUCACACGCACUCACGACCCGAUCAGUUACAUUUCCCCGGAGCGUGCCCAGGCAGCAAUAAACAACAUGCCUGUGCCGGUCGGAAUGUUUAUGAACAUGUCGAAUGUUCCGCCGCGGUUCUUCCAGCAGCAACAGGCAAUGCAGGCGGCAAAACAAACCCGUCGCAUCAAACCCGCAGUCGGCGCCAUCGGCACUAAACCGAAACAACGCCCAAUCGGUCCGCCGUCAAGCCAGAACCAGCACACACCCGGCCCGAUCGGUUCCGGUUCAGUGACCCAGGGAAUGUCCCAAAACAUGUCCCAGCCGGGUUUCAGCCUCUCGCAGCAGCCGGAUUUCUCCCAGGACUAUAUGGCCGAGUACCAGUCACAGGUGGAUGGACUGUUGUCCCAAGACUCAACUUUCGGUCCGAGUCAGUCUACAGCCACCGAUCGUUUGGUGUUUGACCUACCACCGAAUCAGUUCUCGCAGCCAUAUUGAUAGAGAGAAUACACAGGAUGAACAGGAUGGCGUGCCGCCCGGGGGAAUAUCUUUGAACCAGAUCAAAGCAGCAGGAAAAGCUAACAGCAAAUUCGUCUACGCCAAAUCACCAAUUCGCAGUAUAAACGAGAGUAUUCGAAAGUAAAAGUGGAAGAACAAGGAAAUCUGUAAGUAAUCCUUACGGAAUAGCACUAGGGCUCAGGGGACAUGAAAUCUCCCUUGGUGCAUCUUGGUGUUUGUCCCCGCGCCGUCAUCGUCGUCAAUGUCGUCUUGUCGGAAAACAGGAAUAAAAGGCGGGAAGGAAUCUGAAAAGAGAAGAGUGACUCUAAUGCGACCUAUGCUACUGCCACUGGAUUUUUUCCCCUUGAAGCCAGUAGCAGCAGCGUUAGAAUCUGGGAAACAAACCACACAGCUAGCUAACUAAUCUCCACAAAAAUAUCUUCAUCGUGAUGGGACUCGAUUCUCCUAUUCGGCUAGAUUCAAGCAGGCUCACUGAAAAGCUACGGCAAACUUGAUACCGGUAUGGAACCGUAGCAGCAAUAUUCGGCUCUAGAAUUCGGAUGCAAGGAGCGUUGACUCGCUGAAAUGAUGUCGGAGACGCCCCUGCGAUGUGAGAGAUUAAGAGUUUAUUUCUUAAAAAAAAUAUUUCCGUUAUAUAACAAAAACCAUAUUUGCUUUUUUUGUUUGUUUUCUUACGUGAUUUAUUUUGUUCUUUUCGGACAAAUCGGUCAACAUACGAGUGUUAUUUCACUUGUCAACGCGUGCUGUUAAAAACAUUCAACAACAACGAAGUUCGCGAGCGACCAAAAACAAAGUUUUUUUUUAUUUUAUACGACUUCUUACAGCUAGUUUGGUGAACAUCAUUUCUUUAAACAAAUGGCAAAUAACAUUUCAGAAAUUAGACAUAUAGUCAAAAACAUAAUAAUUAAUUGGAAAGGGGAUGUACAUGCUUUUUUGAAAACGACUUCUUGCUACAGUACAUAGUAGUACAUCUGUCAUUAGUUUCAGUCAGUAAAUCAUCCAUCUUGUAAUAGCAACAACGAGAAAUCGCAUUGACAUUGCCAAAAAUUUAACAUCCUUCAGGACAACGACGUACACCUUUUCCAAAUAAAAAAGUGCUUCAGGCAUAAGAAAUGUA